UAGCAGUCUUUCCGUUUGGGUUUGUUUGGGCUUCUCAUACAUUGCUAGCUAUCCGAGAAUCCCAUAAGCUGUUUUAAAAAAAUUCAUUCAUUUCUUAGGGUUUUUGCGACAAAACACAGAGAUGUUUAAUCUAAAAAUUUACGGAAUAAAUCAAAAGCCAAAAUUUAUGGAUUAAAUCGAAGGCCCCUCCAAUAUAAAUUUAGAGAUAAAAAGCUAGAAAGUUCACCAGGAAAGUAGACGUUGAGAAUCAUGGCAAGGGCUCCCAUUAUAUCUGGUGUCAUGUCUGCUCAUUGCUAUUCUCCCCCUCCUUCCAAGCUGCAUUUGAGCUGCAGAGAAUUCAUCAGAAAAAUUCCUUCCUCAAUAUUUUCUGAACAUACUAGUUUCAUAUCAGUACCCAAGAUCUCCAUUGCCCCUGCUUUCACUUCAUUUAGUUUAUCUCCAAAAAGGACAUCGUUUCUCGUCAAGCAGACGAGUUACGGAAUGGGUCGUGGAUUAUCUUCAGGAAUAGUUUCAUUCAGUGCUGAUGGUGUCUCAGCUGCUUCAACCAAAGAAUCACCGAGCAAGGAAGAGGACAGGGAAAUACUUGUGCAGCAUAUAUUAGUACCUGAAGAUCAGCUCAAGCUCCUCGUAGAGCUGCAAAUGAGAAUAAUUCAAGAAGGAGUGGACUUGAGUGACUUGGCAACAGAGCAUUCCAUAUGCCCCUCGAAGGAAGAAGGUGGAAUGCUUGGGUGGGUACGAAAGGGCCAAAUGGUCCCAGAAUUUGAAGAAGCAGCAUUUAGUGCACCUCUAAAUAAACCAGUCAGAUGCAAAACGAAGUUUGGUUGGCACUUGGUGCAAGUCUUGUCUGAAAGGCAGGGAGGAUCUCUUAAGAAUAUUGAACCAGAGGAGCUUCAUCUUAAAAUGCAGGAGGAGAAUUUUACAAAUGAUGCUCAAUUAAUGGAUGUUCGUGAACCAGAUGAAGUGGAUAUUGCAUCCUUACCUGGUUUCAAGAUUUAUCCCCUCCGGCAAUUUGGAAAUUGGGGCCCAACUGUAACAACUGACCUUGAUCCAUUGAAGGACACUUAUGUUUUGUGCCACCAUGGAAUGCGAUCGUUACAAGUUGCUACAUGGCUACAAACGCAGGGUUUUAAGCGAGUAUACAAUAUUUCAGGAGGAAUUCAUAAAUACUCACAAACUGUCGACUCUUCCAUCCCAACGUAUUAGUGAUCAGCCUAAACUACAGUUAGUUUUUUAUGUGCAUUCUUGAAACGUAAUAAUACAUAUUGGAUCAAUGUAGUUAAAAUUUUGAGAUUUUUAUAAUUUCAGAUAUCUCAUAAAAAUCCAGGGCCAAAAAAAAACACAUGAGAUUUAUGUAUGAUCACCUUGAAGUUCAUUUACUUUUUGGAACAUUUUUAUUUAAAAUUUUGAGAUUUUUAUCAGUUGAAGUACCUCAUAAAAAUCCAGGGCCACAAAAUGAAACACUUUUUUUAUAAGGUGCUAUUUAAUGAGAUUUAUGUAUGAUAAUCUUGAAGUUCA